AUGGACGCCACGGAGCCAUCUCCUCUGCGGCGUUUUGUCGUAGCGAAGCGUUCAAUCAGCUCCAUCUUUGAUCAGCUGCUGCACUUUGUGAAGGAUGGCUCUGCCUUUGUGGAUGAGGCGUGGCGGAGCGACGACCUGGGUCCGGUGGCCGUGGAGGAGCAGAGUCUGGAGAUGCAGAGCUGUGCCACCAAACUGUCGACCAUCAGAGACGUUCUGCUCAGGAGACACAUGAAGGUGGCUUUUUUUGGCCGGACCAGUAACGGGAAAAGCACCGUGAUCAACGCCAUGCUGAGAGACCGCGUCUUGCCCAGCGGCAUCGGUCACACCACCAACUGUUUCCUGAGUGUCGAAGGAACCGACGGAGACCAGGCUUACCUCACCACCGAGGCGUCCAACGAGAGGAGCAGCGUCACUACGGUGAACCAGCUGGCUCAUGCUCUCCACAUGGAUCCCACUCUGGAGUCCGGCAGCCUGGUUAAAGUGUUUUGGCCUAAAUGUCGCUGCGCCCUGCUGAGAGACGACCUGUUGCUCAUGGACAGCCCUGGGACUGAUGUGACUCUGGAGCUGGACAGCUGGAUCGAUAAGUUCUGUCUGGACGCUGACGUCUUCGUCCUGGUGGGAAAUGCAGAGUCGACGCUGAUGAACACAGAGAAACUUUUCUUCCACAAAGUCAGUGAGAGAAUUUCCAAACCAAACAUCUUCAUCCUCCACAACAGAUGGGACGCCUCAGUGACUGAACCCGAGUACAUCGAGGAGGUGAGGAAGCAGCACCUGGACCGCUGUGUGAGUUUCCUGGCUGAGGAGCUGAGGGUGGUCGGUCUGGACGAGGCUCCAGGGAGGAUCUUUUUCGUCUCGGCUAAAGAGGUCCUGAGCUCCAGGGUGCAGCGAGCCCAGGGCAUGCCUGAGACAGGUGGCGCUCUGGCUGAAGGUUUCCACGACAGACUGAGAGAGUUCCAGAGGUUUGAGAGGACGUUUGAGGAGUUCAUCUCUCAGUCUGCAGUGAAGACUAAGUUUGAGCAGCACACGGUGAGAGCGUGGCAGAUCACUGAGGCCAUCAAAGCCGUGAUGGACGCCAUCAACAUCGCCUCCGCUGACAGAAAGAUCUGCUGCCUGGAGGAGCGGGAGGAGCAGAGGGACCGGCUGGACUUUGUCCGAGGACAGAUUAACCGUCUGACCGACAACGUCAAAGAGAGGAUCAAGACUCUGACUGAUGAUGUCUCUGCCAAGGUUGCCUCGGCUCUGUCAGAUCAGAUCCGCUCUCUUCCCGUCCUGGUGGAGGAGUUCAGAGCCGAGUUCAACCCCACACAAGAAACUCUGCAGCUCUACAAAACGAAGCUGCUGCAGCAUGUGGAGGAGAGGAUGGUCGGCUGUUUGGCUCAUCGCUGCUCCAUCAGCAUCCUCAGAGACAUCACAGACGCCCAGAGACACAUGAUCGACAGCGUCCGUCCUCUGCUGUCUGUGUCCGUCCAGGAGCAGCUCUCUGCUCCCUCCACCUCCUUCAAAUUGACCUAUGACCUCGGCCUCGCCGCCCUCUGUGGGGAUUUUCAGGAGAACAUCGAGUUCCAGUUUUCACUGGGCUGGACCGCCCUCGUCGCUCGCUUCAUCGGAGCCGCCAACGCCAAGCGAGCGCUGAGCGGCUCCGACCCACGACUGCAGGUCAGGUCACUGAAGGUAGUUCCUGUGUUCUCUGUCUCUCUGCAGGCAGGCUCCACCUUUAAGGAUGAGAUGGUGGUUUCCAUAGCGACACGUCUUGUCUCCGUCACCUCCCGAGCGUCCAUGACGGUGCUGGUGAUCGGUGGAGUGGUAUGGCGUUCUGUGGGCUGGCGUCUCAUCGCUCUCUCUCUGUCUUUGUACGGUCUCCUCUACCUGUACGAGAAACUCACCUGGACCGACACCAGCAGGGAGCGCGCUCUGAAGCAGCAGUUUGUGGAGCACACCGCCCGCCGCCUGAGAGCCGUCGUCCCCAUCACCGGCUCCGCCUGCAGCCAGCAGGUGUACAAGGAGCUGUCGUCAACUUUCAGCCGUCUGACUCAGAGAGUCGAUCUGAGCGAAGCUGAGCUGGAGGGAAACAUCCGACAGCUGAGCUUCAGGAUCCAGAGACUGGAGAACAUCCAGAGGAGGUCCAAGGCCUUCAGGAACAGAGCCACAGAGCUGGAGACUCAGCUGGAGGCCUUUUCUGUUCAGUACCUGCAGGGAAACUGAGGAACGACAACUGAGCCGUGGUCUGUUGAUGAGCAGCGCCCC